UUGGAAACGAAAGUCAAUAAUUUUCAUUCAAUCAAUGAUUUACCAAUGGUAAUUAAUGUUAAUAAUUAUUGACAAUUAGCAUGUAAGGUUAAGUUAGUGAGGAUUUCCCUGGUUAAAAGUGGUUCAUUUGGAGGUUGGAUAAAAUUUAUUCUCCUUUCAUUUCAUGUCUUGUUAUUAUUUACGCAAUUAUUCACAUGAAAGUUGCACUUUGAAUUGAAUAUUAAUUUCUAAAUUCCAGUCUCGAGUUAGCUGAGUGAAUUCAGUUGGAAAAUGCUUCACCAUGCGAUUAAUUACAAAGUGUUGCCAUAACAGAGUCUAGUCGUAGAGCUAAACCUUUUUAAUCCCACAUUUUAUUCAUUUUUGAUUUUAUCAUCAUUAAUCCAACACUUGACUGUGAUUAAUAUUUCUUAUUUAACCGUCAUCGUUUGAUUGAAACGUCGCAUUCAUUUGUUGGACCGACAGUUGUUUCUCUCAGAUUGAUCAGCAAAUCAUCUUGAAAUAGAAUCAGUUUUCUCACUAAUCCUCUAUGUUAAUCCAAAUUGUAAUCUGUGAUUCAUUUCAGAGCUGAUAAUAUUUAUAGUUGGAAGUCAACACAUUCUGGUUGAAUCAGCAUAAUUUUCAAUCUGAUUGAAGUAUGACCUGAUGACAAAUUGAUUUGCUUUGGGUGAUAACCAAUCAACGGUCAACCUAACUGAUAUCUUAGUUUCUGAUUCUUGAAAUAGAUGAACAACCAAUUUCAUAGUUUCAGUGAUUUGGUUAUUGGUCGAUAUCCUUUUUUUUACAGCUAAACAAAAUGUCCAUUAUAAACCAUGAAAUAAGAGUUGAGUGGACAAGUUAAUCACUAAAAUGCUCAUUUUGAAUGUAUAUAAGCAGCUUCAUUCAAUUGAUCAGCUUUUACUGUAAGCCACAUCGAUAUAAAAUUCAUCAUUGAGAUUGUCAUAAUGGACAAGAUUUCUUGGUGUUUCUUCAUUUUCUUGAUGGUUGAAGUUUCUCUUGGAACUGAAUUCGAAACUGACUUCGCCCCUGAAUUAACCACUGAAUUCACCACUGAAUCAGCAACUGAAAAUCCAUCAAUUGAAGGUUUACUGGAGAGUCCUGAAGCAACCAUUGGUAACAACACUGAACAAUCAAAUGAAAUGUUUAAUGUUUAUCUGGUUCAAAAGCACGAUGGAAGCAGAGAGUUGUGCUUCCCAUUGAACUUUACUGAUUCCUUUUCAACUCUGGCUGAUCAAUAUAUGGUUAAAAAUAAUUUGCCAGUGAACAAUAAACCAAACCAUUUGAGAAGCAAAAGAACCACUUCGGCUUUCCGAAAGCUCCUUAAGCUGAAACGAAAGGUAAUCAAUACACUUUUAUUAAUACUGUGAUACUAUUUUACUCAAUUACUAGACUUUAAGUGGAACUGUUAAUCACUGAAUUUUCAAAUAGUUAAGUGAAAUGAACGAAAUUUAUAAUUUACUUUCUUCCAAAAGUUACAUAAGUUGAGCGAAAUUGCUGUUUACUGUUGCUAUGACGAUGAUCACCUGUAAACUAACACAUGAGUUCGCUAAGCAAGCUCGGAUGUUUUUUAAAAUUUAGUUUUUCAUUUGUUAAUUGUUAUAAGUUGUAUGUUAUGUGUUAUUUUGCUAUUAAACAUCAUUUUUUACUAAUUAACCAUAAUUUUUACUUUCAAUAUCGUUAAAUAAUGUUAAAUUUUAUCUAGUUUUGAUAAUUUUUAUAAACUCUUACGUGAUAACCUUUAUUCAUCAACUAUUUGAACUGGAUUAGUUUUAGAUUCUCAUAAGCUAAAUAGUGAUCUACCAAAUGUCCAGCUAAAAUCCCCUUUCUUACAAACUGGUAAAUUGUCAACUCGGAAAUGUCUCAGAUUGAUCUGUCUGCAAGUGACCUGGAGAGUCUGUCUAAACAGGAACUGAUAAGUCGGAUUAACAAGUUGGAGGCAAAUGUUCGUCAAUUGCGUAGUAUCAUCAAAAAGCGACAAUUGGACCCAGAUUCUAGUGAAAAAUCUGGAAAAGUGCACAAAUCUAGAGAAUUUGACUUCACCCGUUACUCCAAGCGCCAUAUUGCUUUGAAAUUUCUUUACCUCGGAUGGGACUAUCAAGGCUAUGUUGUUCAAGAGGACACAAAUAAUACAAUAGAAGACCAUGUGUUUCAAGCAUUAUUAAGAACUAAACUUAUCGAGGAUCGUAGCUCGUCAAAUUAUCAUAGAUGUGGACGAACAGAUAAAGGUGUAUCCGCAUUCAGUCAAGUUAUAUCAAUUGACGUUCGCAGUAAACUCAAAAGUGGACUAGGUGUAUCUAGUCUCGAUGAGAAAUGUGUAGAUGAUAGCGAGAUUAAGGAUGAUGAACCACAAGAGAUCGAUUAUUGUGGAAUUUUAAACAAGGUUUUGCCUGAUGAAAUACGCUGUUUAUCAUGGGCACCAGUUAGAGCUGAUUUCAGUGCUCGUUUUGAUUGUAAAGGUCGAUGUUAUUAUUACUAUUUUCCUGCCUCUAACUUGAAAAUUGAUAAAAUGAAAGAAGCAGCCCAAUAUCUUCUAGGAACUCACGAUUUCACCAAUUUUUGUAAAAAAGACACAAGUAGAAAGGAAAUCAACAACAUCCGAACAAUCCAAAAGGUUGAUAUAUUCUCAUUCAAUCAAGUAAAAGAAACUGCCGAUUCGUCUUAUUCGAUCUAUAUUGCUCAAAUUGCUGCGAGCGGUUUUCUCUGGCAUCAAAUUCGAUGUAUUAUGACCAUUUUAUUUCUUGUUGGAGAGGGAAAAGAAGAUCCUGAUAUAGUUAAAAAAUUAUUGGAUGUCAAUAAUGUUACCAGUAAACCUCAAUAUAUGUUAGCCUCUGAAUUACCAUUAGUUUUAUUCAACACAGAUUGGAAUCCAGAUGAUAUUGGUGAAUGGCAUUAUAGCUCGACACUUAUCCUAGAUUUAAUCAAACACUUACAAGGUCUCUGGACUCGACAAAUGAUAAAAUGUUCAAUGAUUCGCUCGAUGAUUGAAGAUAUUAAACAUUCUCUAGAUAUUGAAGUCAAUUGCCAACAUAAUAUCUUAAACAGUGAGACGUGUACUAAAUCACACAAACCCAUUCUUGAGAGACCAAGAUGUGGAGGAGAAAAUUCUCAAGAUUAAACCUCAACACCAGUUUGACACAAGGCCUUAAACAUCUUGAUUUGUAUUUUCCAGUAUUGUUCGAUUGAACAAAAUUUAAUUUAAGUGGAUUGACAGGAAUCUGUCAAUAAAAUUAUUGGAAGCUUUAAAUGUGCUUCAUACAAAACUUGUGUGAAUCAUUGAGAUUGAACACAUUUUUGUUGUCUGUAAUUUAUUGGUGGAUGAAGAAAUGUUAAUUUAACGUGAACUGAUGAGUUGACAUGUACCUGUAAUAAAAAA